CGUGGGCAACAUUAGUGCAGCGUUUUUAUUGUCGCCCUUUCACCAGUAGCGCGCCUCUCUCGCAGGGCCAGGGCAAAGCGUCUAACACGCACAUGCCGCAGCGUCAUUCCCUGGGAGCAACCACUCUCCCGCCUUUCUGGUAGUCUCUCCGCCAGUUUAGACGCGCGUCUUCGCGUGAACCCAUCGUUUUAUUCGUCACGGCUCCCGACGGAAUAAUGACACGUGGGGGGCGCUUAGAGGAGCUGCUGGAAAGCGGGAUGUUCGCGGACGUGACGCUGCGAGCGGGCGACGCGGAUAUUGCCGCGCACCGAUGCAUCCUCUCGUCGUGGUCUCCCGUAUUCAGGAAGAUGUUCACGAACGGCUUUCUGGAGACAUCGGAGCAGCCUAUAGUGAGGAUGGACGACAUGGACGAGUGCACCCUGCGCCUCUUCCUCCGCCUCAUCUACUCGGGCGGAUGCGACCUCCCCCAGAAUUACCUGCUGAGCCACGGGUUGCAGCUGCUGACGUUAGCGAACAAGUAUAACAUCCUAGAGCUCGUGCACGCGCUGGACAGAAAUCUGGCGGCUGUGGCGGCGGAAUCUGGGGACUUGCAGCUGGCGUUUGACGGUCUCCACGUGGCUGCUGCUCACGGGGCGGUGCAGUUGGCUGCGUGGUGUAAGGAGAAAAUACACGAGUGCAGUGGGGAAGAAGCUUGCCUCGACAAAAUCAAGGAAAUGGUUAUGAGCGAGUCAUUCCACAAAAGGAUUCUCGCAUUGGACGUUGUGGAGUUUGUUUUCAAAAGGGCUUCUCAAAAGCAAAAGCCUAGUGUGAUGGAUGGCUCCGUUUUUUAUCGCUAGUUGAUUCCCAUCUUAUUCGACAAAUGCAUGCGAUGAUAAAAAGCAUGCAACUGCUUCUAGAGUGCACUAAUCUUUCAAAUGUUUUCUCUAGGAAAGCAUAUAUGAAAUGUGA